AUGAUCGUUCGCGCGUUGAAAGAACUUGAAGACGUGAUCGGAAUGAGCGUUGUCAGCUACCUGAUGGGCGAAAAGGGAUGGAAAUUUAGUACGCCUGAUGAAAUUCCGGGGACCAUUCCGGACACAGUUAAUAACGCCCAAUACAUAAGUGAGCUGUAUUAUAAGACAAAACCUGAUUACGAAGGAAGAUUUACUGUUCCCGUGUUAUGGGAUAAGAAGCUUGGAACGAUUGUCACUAAUGAAUCCAGCGAUAUAAUCCGCAUGUUCUACGAGGUGUUCGACGAUUAUAUUCCCCGAACAAAGGGUAUAACCUACUACCCCGAACAUCUGCGUUCGGAAAUUGAUGAGUUGAAUGACUGGGUCUAUAACACCGUAAAUAAUGGUGUUUACAAAU